AUGUAUUCCCGGGCAGGUGAAGUCGAAGUCCACCCUUGGCACUUGCCAGUGAAGACUGACACCUGGCCCCCGACUGGAGAACCAGAAGUACAUUACUUUGCCCAACUGGCUGCCCUCAACGACUGCCUGUACCGACACAAGACCAGCUCCAAAUUCCUGGUGUUUCAGGACCUGGAUGAAUUCAUCAUCCCCUACAACUAUGACAGCUGGGCGGAGCUUAUUACCGACCGGAUAGCUCAGUUUGGCGAACCAACCGUAUUUUAUUUCAAGUGUAUCUUUUUUAGAAAAGAAUGGCAGAAAUCAUCAGAACAGUUUGAAGUAGCCGCCGAGAAAUAUAAAUCAGUGAUAUUAAGACACACUAUGAGGGAGAGCGUCUAUCUUCCUUUCGGGACCAGAUCCAAAUAUAUUUUAAACCCUAAAUUUACAAGUCUGGUCGGGGUGCACCAAGUGUGGAAGAAAUCUGGUAACGAGGAUUCUGUCCCUGAAAGUGAGGCAGGUCUUCAUCAUUACAGGACUUGGGAACUACCGAAUGACCCGCAGGUUCGGAUGGAAGAUGUGAGGGCAAUAAAUCGAUUCGGCUCUCGAUUGGUUGACAAGCUGCAGCAAGUCUGGUCACGAUUGGAUGGAGUUCCUAUGGAUAUCAAUAUCAGCGUUUAUGGUGAUCAUGUAUGA